AUGGAGAUCUCUUCGAAGUCUCCAGCAAAGAAGGGCGACCUGAUACACCGAGCCAAAAGCCACGGCGGCGGCGGCGGCGCCGCCGCACUCUACUCCCGCCCCUCCCUCCUCUUCGACAACGGUCGCCGAGCCACACCAAACAGCAACAUCACUACGUGUGGUGUUUGUGUUGGCCAGGUUGCGGACACCGUUGGUAGUGUUGGUCUCGUCGUCUGCCGUCCCCUCGUCUGA